AUGGAUACUGCAAAUGUGCUCCUGGAGUUGCAAAGUAGCGCCACCUGGGAUGCCGUGCAGGACGAGCUGCUCCUAAGACUUCUGCAGUCCUUGCGAGAUGGCAUUUUGAGGCGUGUGGAGAGCACCGAGGAGCGGCUCCAAGCCACCGCACAACGUGCGGAGGCAGUGGGCUUAAAGCUGCGGAGUGCCAACUGUCAACUGGAGAUUUUGGCGCAGAGCCAAUUCUUGGAACAUCGCAUCCAAACCGACGAGGACGAGGUUGAGCAGAUGGUUGAGUCGCACACGGAGGACCUUUGGUCCAGCUGUGAUCUCCAACAGAUCCCUGAGGCGGAGUUCGAAGCCAUAAAGACCGCUUUGGCCUUGGGACAGACCUUCGUCCAAGAGCAGGUCCCAGAGGACUGGCCGCCUCUCCCAGAGGUGGUGGGCAGCGAGGCCUGGCAAAGCUCCUGGAUCACUCCGGUGGAGGACUUCUUGGCUGAAGCGCCUGUUGCACCAGUCGCGACGCCGCUGCUGCCGGAAAGUGGCGGCACAAGCCCUCAUGCGGUUCAGGCCGACGAGGAGACCUGGGAGGAAUGGCCAGAGGCAAGCCAUUCGCCGGUCCCGCCUCUCCAGUCCCUUGAGCCGGAGCCGGACCUGGCAAGUCAGCUCAACGCUCUCCUCAAGAGUCGUGGGGGUCCAGUGGGCGAGGCGUGCGGAGUGAGGACGGGUAUUUGCGCCGUCUGCUCCCGUACCCAAAGGCCCUAA